AUACUUAGCUUAAAUAUAAUUACUACACUACUACUAUUAAUUAGUGUAAAAAUAUUGUCUUUGCCCAAUUUAAGAAGAUCUGACAAUGAAGCACCUACAAUUCUUGAGCCGCUGUCCUAUGAACAAGAGGGAAAAGAGUGGAAAUUGAGGCAACAACCAAAAAAAAAAAAAAAAAAAUUUAUUUUUUUUUUUCACAACAUUUUUUGUUGCAAACCAACCUAUGGUUUCAUAGACCCCUUUUCUUCCUUAGACUCAAAAUCCAGAAAACAAGCAAGAGCAAGUGGGGUUGAAUCUUUUUGGGUAAAGUUUGAAUCUUUUUUGGGUAAAUUUGAAGUGGGAUCAAGAAUGGUGGUCAUUAAUGAAGAUAUGAUUAAGCAGUUUCAGACUUUAAUGGAUGAAAUUGCUGAGCCACUUCAGAAGACUUUUCAGAAUGUACAUCAGGGGUACCGAACCGAGACACUGAUGAGGUUUCUCAAAGCUAGGGAUGGCAGUGUCUCGAAAGCACACAAGAUGCUUGUUGAGUGUUUAAAUUGGAGGAUAGACAAUGAGAUUGAUCAGAUACUUGCAAAGCCAAUUGUACCCACCGAUUUGUACAGAGGAGUGAGGGACACUCAGCUUGUGGGAAUGUCUGGAUAUUCAAGAGAUGGUCUUCCUGUCGUUGCUGUAGGUGUAGGGCUCAGCACAUAUGACAAAGCGUCGAUUCACUACUAUAUUCAGUCACAUAUCCAAAUGAAUGAAUACCGCGACCGUGUAAUAUUGCCUUCUGCAUCAAAGAAAUUCGGGCGGUAUAUUGGGACCUGUAUAAAGGUUCUGGACAUGACUGGUCUAAAGCUAUCUGCGCUAAGCCAAAUUAAGCUCUUAACUGCUAUAUCUACCAUUGACGACCUAAAUUAUCCUGAGAAGACAGAGACCUAUUACAUCGUUAAUGCUCCAUACAUAUUCUCAGCAUGCUGGAAGGUUGUUAGACCUCUUUUACAAGAAAGAACUAAAAAGAAAGUCCAAGUUCUCUCAGGCUCGGGAAAAGAUGAACUAUUGAAGAUAAUGGAUUAUGCAUCACUACCACAUUUUUGUAAAAGAGAAGGCUCGGGUUCAUCUAAGCACUCUAGAAAUGGCACAAAUGAUAACUGUUUCUCCUUGGAUCAUCCUUUUCAUCAGCAACUCUACGAGUAUAUUAAGCAGCAAGCUCUCGCAUCGGAGGCUGUUGCUCCAAGCAAAGAAGGAUCGGUCCAUGUGACCUUACCUGAGACAGAUCCGGAUGAUGCCAAGAUUGCUGAAACAAUAGAAUCUGAAUUUCAGAGGAUUGGUGAGAAAAAUGGAUUUUGUCAAACAUUUCAUGAAAUAAAGAUCAAUGGCGAUUGAAGCAGAAUUGCUGGUUCAAUUUAGUCUUGAUUACUGCUUAUUCUGAAAUCCGGCUUUUACAUGAGGAGAGGAUUUAAGUAAGCGUUGUACUACUAAUAUGGCUUGCAUCAUCUCGAUGCAGGAUUUAGAUAGGAGCUAAGUUGUGACAUGGCAUUACACUACCUUGGACUGGACUAUCAUAUGGAUGGUCGAAAAUGUUUUAAGGAAUCCCACGAGGAAUUUUACACGCAUUUCGCUGUUUUGAUCUGCUUUUUGCUGUUGCUUUCAUGAUUCGUGACUCUUCUCAAGAUAGAAUAAAACUUUCUGGUUGAAACACUGUAAAGGAAAGGGGGAAAGGGUGAAGUUAUGAUAAAUAAAAAAGGACAAAGGAGCCUUUCAUUUCU